AUGGACAGCGGCAACCAGCCUUCACAUGAAGAAGCUCCACCAAGCUCCUUUCUCUGCAGAGCUGCUGGGCUUUUCACCAGGGACAUGCAUCUCUGUGGAGAAUGGGUGAAAAGACAGAGUGUAGUAAUCCAGCUGCUGGACUGGAUUUUCCGAGGGGUGGCCCAGGUCAUGUUUGUCAGCAAUCCUCUCAGUGGGCUCCUAAUCACGGCCGGCCUCUUCCUGCAGAACCCCUGGUGGGCUCUGAAUGGUCUGCUGGGCACCCUUGUGUCUACUGUGUCUGCCAUCUUGCUGGGACAAAACAGGGAGGCCAUAUCAGCGGGUUUAUAUGGCUACAAUGGAGCCUUGGUCGGCAUACUGAUGGCCGCUUUCUCUGCCAAAGGAAGCUGGUACUGGUGGCUUCUACUGCCAAAUGUGUUCAUGUCCAUGUUGUGCCCAGUGGUCUCCAGUGCCUUGUCCUCUGUUGCCAGCAAAUGGGACCUCCCAAUAUUCACCCUGCCCUUUAACAUUUUGGUGUGUCUACACAUUGCAGCUACAGGAUCCAAUCACCCCUACUUUCCAGAGGUGGAUAUCCAGCAAAAUAACCACCUGCACCACCCUAAUGAUUCCUUCCAAAGGCUCAAUCUCUCUCAGAUAUUCCUGUCGGUGCCAGUUGGUGUUGGCCAGGUGUAUGGCUGUGACAGUCCUUGGACAGGAGGUCUCAUCCUUCUGGCCCUGCUGCUCUCCUCACCAACUAUCUGUUUUCAUGCCAUGUUGGGCUCUGCUGCUGGCAUGUUUUCCGGAUUUGCUCUGGCAGCUCCUCACAGGGACAUUUACUCUGGCCUGUGGGGAUAUAACAGUGCUCUAUCCUGCAUUGCUGUUGGAGGGGUCUUCUAUGUUAUAACAUGGGAAACCCACGUACUGGCUCUAAUAUGUGCACUUUUCUGUGCAUACAUGACUUCAGCAAGCUCAAAAUUGAUGUCUGUGCUUGCAUUACCGGCCUGCACGUGGCCUUUCUGCCUGUCGACUCUCAUCUUCCUCCUCAUUUCCUCUGAGAUCCCGGCCAUCUGCAGACUGCCUCUGUCUGUGGUCUCCUACCCAGAGGAAAAUCGGCGCUACCAGAGACAAUUGAAGGCUUCAGAGCAAGCUCAGCACAGUCAGCAGAGCAGCAGCCAAGAAGAGGCCCCGCUGAGGGAGAAUGGAGGGCCAAGUGUCCAGUUGGAUUUCACGCUGCUGCAGGAGUGGGCCAUGCUCGAGCUGAAUGGAGUAUUUUUGAUGCUGAGGUCAAGGGGCCCAAUGCCAGCAUUGGAGCCGGAGUCUCUGCUGGGUCUCUCAGUGCUGCAGCCUAUGCAAGAGCAGAAUUGGCCAGUGCUUCAGUCACUGCUGGUCCUAUGA